UCCACUCCACUUCCUUCUUCUAUCAACCUUACCUAUCUAUCAAUCAACUACCUCUACAACUCCAAUCCACAUCAUCACCAUGUCUGGCUACGACGGAUACAACAACCAGGGCUACUACGGCCACCAGCAGGGUGGUUACAACCAGGGCGGCUACGGCCAAGGUGGAUACGGUCAGCAGGGCGGAUACCCUCAGCAGCAAGGAUAUGGCCAGCAGGGUGGCUAUGACCAGUACAGCCAGCACCAGCACCAGCAGCACGGCGGCCAGGGUGGUGCCUCUAGCGACUACUACGGCGGUGGUGGACAGCCCCAGUAUGGUGAGGGCCAGUACGGCCAGCAGCACCAGGGUGGUCAGCAGUACGGCCAGGACCAGCGUGGCGAGUACAACCAGGGUGCCCCCGGCGGAGCCCAGGAGGGUGAGCGUGGCCUCGGUGGUGCCAUUGCCGGUGGUCUUGCGGGCGGAUUUGCCGGUCACAAGGCCGAUCACGGAAUCCUCGGAACCAUCGGUGGAGCCAUCAUGGGAAGCAUCGCCGAGGAUGCCAUCAAGAAGCACAAGCACAAGGACGAGCAGCAGCAGGAAUACCAGAGCAGCUAUGGUGGUUACCCCCCUCAGGGUGGCCAGUCCCACGGUGGCGGUGGCAUGAUGGACCAGCUUGGUGGCUUCUUCAAGCGAUAGACGGUUCUCCUUCUCUCCUAAACCGAUUGCUUUCUUCCUGUUUAUUCUUACGAAUUCCCUUGCGACUACCGUGAAUGACUGAAAUUUCGACUUUUGCUUCGUUCGGCCGGCCGGGUUUUGGAUGAAGAAUUAUUGAAUCGCUUUUUCUACAUUUUCUUCUCAUUGCUAUUACUGAGAUCGCUUUGCUUGUUACACAUACCCGGCGCGGAUGAAAUUCUUAAUCUUGAUACCAACGCUGUAUUCCAGUCUACAUAGCUCUUCUGUGGUUACGUUACGAAGAAUCAUACAGUCUUUGGC